AUGACAAUGGCAUCGGAUUCAUAUGCCUUACAGCUGGAUGAAAUGAUCCAGCUCUUCCAAGAGUACAAGUCAGGCUCAGUCACGUUGGAUAAUAUUACCAAACUUUGUCAAACAUUAGGAUUAGAAUCUUUCAUUGACGAUAUAGACGCAGAGACCUCGAGAUUAUCUACCGCUUCCAAGAUAAUUGUGAUUGAUAUUGAUUUCUCCAAAAGUAUUGGUCGUGUUAAGGAUGUUAAAUUGGUAUUAGCGUCUAAUUUUGAUAAUUUCAACUAUUUUAACGAACCUGUAGUUCAAGCGAAUAAUGACAGUAAUAGUAAUGAGGGUAGUAACAUUUUACUCAAUUCUCUCACACAGUAUCCUGACCUGCAUCAAUUCCAUCACAAUCUGAAAUUUCUUUAUUUACUAGAUACGUUUUCUAGUAUCAACAUCGAUGCUAAUAAUAAUGGUGGACCCAAUAACGAUGGUGGUGGUGGUGAGUUUAGCGGUGAAUUAGAUCUUUUCAAAUACUUUACAGAAUUGGCACAGUUCCUAAGACAAUAUUUUGCAGAUCAAGGGGCUCCUCUCAAAGUGGUAACCAAUUUAAACAAUAGAUUUGGUAUCUAUAUCAUGACACAAUUGGAUCGAGUCUUAUUAGCCAAGAUUACUUUUGAAAAAUCUAGAGAUUCUCAGCAGAGAUUAUACGAAUAUGUUUAUUAUGAAGGUAACAAAGAAUGGAUUAAUGAGUCUCCAGAAAGUUUUACGUCUGGUGUAUCAAUGGUGAUGGAAAUUAGUGACAAAACCAAUCCAACGUGGUUCCCAAAAGAUUACGUCCCAAAGGAAUUGGUACUGGACGAAGGUGAUAGUAACGACAAAAUUAACGAUGUGAGUCCGAAUGAGUUCAUGAAUUCGUUAAGUAUGAAUGCAUCCAGAGGUAAGUUUCAAGUAAUGAACGAUUUUACUACACAAUUGGUGCCUCUGAGGAAAUUCGACAUUAGUAAUGAUAACAGUGAAUUGAUAAUUGAGAUUUUAAGAUGGAUUCAAUGGUCAAGGACUGUUCUUUAUCCUAUUUACAAGACUUUAAACGCACCUGAAGAUGAAGCUACCAAGGGUGAUGCUGGUAAGGAAGGUACUGUUACCGCCAAUGGACCACAGGGUAGACACGGUAGCGUAGCUGCAGAACACAGGAAAAGAAGGCAUUCGAGUAAAAACAAACGGUCCAGUAUGACUGAGGCAACGAUGCUAAAGGAGGAAGGAUUACAGCAAUUUAAUUUACAAGAACUGAUGACUGAUCAAGAUACGGAUUUAAAUCAGGGUUCUGAGAAGGCGAGUACCGGCCUUUUAGGCGUUGAUAAAAUGCAAGUGGACGAUCAAGCCAUUGAUGACAGCGAUACCACCUGCCAAUUAGUCUUCAGUGAAGACCGUGUGUCGUUGGAAAAUGUCGCUCAGUGUACACUUUAUGACGACAUGGCGAAAUGGGAUUCAUUCAUAGAGGCAUUUAAAACAUAUUCAAUAUAA